AACUUCAGCUAUGUUACCAACCCAGUAGUCCAUAUUUGUGUUUUUAAAAAUUCUAAAUUAUUGACUGAACGUAAAGUUUUUGGGCAUAAAUGUUCCACGUAUAUGUUGUCCAAGCCCGAGACAACUUUAACGCAGUUUUCUAGAUGUGUGUCAAAAGGCUAAGACCCUUCAUUCCCGCUUUCCGAAAGGUGCAGAGGAAUUGGAUUUAUAGUAACAUCUGUUGCAAUCAAGAACUCUAAAAUUCUGCUGGCACAAUCCAACGUACAUUACGAGCAACAAAGUCUGAAGCCUGGCGACAAAAUCCUUUAUGGCUGCUAACCCUAGCAGCUGCGCGACAUAUCAGCAAAUGGGUUAAUCCGCUCAACUGGACAAUCAUAAAACUUUGAUAGCUUGACUACCUGAGGUGAAGAGGUAACAGAUUGCUGCUCCUUAAAAGGCUGCGAUGGAGUGCUGCGAUCAUCAGUUUGUUGAGAGCAAAGCAACAAAGCGUAUCGAAACGAACAACUUCCAGAAAAAUAUAUUAAAAUCUUCAACCAUGAGCAACAUAAGCAAUGAUAGUGGCUUGGAUGACUCGGCGAUUUGUAAUGCAGGCGCUACGCCAGCAACGCGUCUCUCAUGGUUUCUGGCCGAGGUGGACGAAGGCUCCAUGGAGAAAGGCGAGCCAAAUGGUAAAAAGCGCUACUGCGUGCUGCACAGCAUGGAGCUGCUGGAGACAGACGUAUCCGACAAGUAUAUGACACGAUUUGUUGAGUUUCGCGUCAAUGGCGUCAAGCUGGAGGCAAAGCUCAUUUUGGCCGCUGAUGAGCGCCGGCUGGUCGACGCCGCCCUCUUGGCCAUGAGCAAGGAGCAGCACGACGAAGAUGAUGAUGCACGGCAGCUGCUGGUGCAAUACAACGAAGAGGAUGCAAUGGGCGAGCGCCUGGUGCAGAAGAUGGUAUCGCCAAACCGCGUUGCUUGGCUGAGCACCAAGCCAGAACUAGGUGGCACGCCUCUGGUCAAGCUGGGCCCGGGCUGCAUUGGCCAUGUGCUGUACGCCUACGAGCAGCGAAACUAUAUGGAGAAGGUGUUGCUGCAUCUGAAGGCGCGCUGCUUUGAUCACGCCUUCGAUGAACACUUGGACGCUGCCCAGGAGCCCAUGGACAACAACACUUGGCUGCUGGUGCAGUACAGCCCCGAGCCGGAAAUGGUUGUUUACCAGGUAAUACCCUACAGCCAAACAGUGUGGCGACAGGAGAAUCACUUCAAGGACGUCAUCGCCUACAUACAGCUGCCUGGCAACGAAGUCGUACUGCAGGCUGUUGUCAUCAGCUACAGCCAAGAUGAGAAGCAGAUGAAGAACAAGUUCAAUCAGCUACGACGCUAUGCUCUCGAGCUAGAGUUUCCGCUGCCCGACGAACUCGACCGUCAGCUGCAGCACGGCAGCGGCACUGCUGCGCUCUUUGCCCGCGCCAGCAACACGCUCUUCCAGCGCGCCGAGCAACGAGAUGCCAGCGGAGAGCACAAGCAGCUGCGUCGCAGCCUCGAGCAGAUGAGCGAAAAGGCUCAGAACGAAGCCGAGCUGAUCAUCGAAGCCUUCGACAUGGUCGACAACAUCAACAGAAAUCUGAAAUGCCGCAUGGAUCAGCCUAAGCCUGAGAUCGCUUCCAAUUCCGGCGACGAACUGCAUUAA